AUGGAUGAUCACUACAAACUAAAGUUUUCUGUUUCUAUGAAACCUAAGAGCGUGACUACAUCACAAGUACAGAGAUGCUCCCAAGUGCCUUUUAAUGAAUCCCUGAGGGAGCAAAGUGUAAUUUUAAUGAGAUCAAGGAAGAAAAUAACAAACAGGACAUGUGACCGAUUUGUAAUCCUAGCUUACUGUUUAGACAAAACUACGCAGUACGUCUUCAAGAUGCACUCUUUGACCAGUGAAGCUAAUCUGCCCAGCUAUGAAGCUUUACCAAAUGAAGUACCUAUGGAUGCUCCACAACCUAAUGUGUGCAGCAAUCCUGCAGAAUUUAAUGUCCAUUCAGUUCCUAUGGGGUAUGAAGUCCCCCCGGCUCCGCAAAUGUGGAAAGUGCCUACUGUUGCCCCCCAGUGGAGCUUUUCUGCUGUCAUACCUCAAAUUACAGAGUCUUCAGCCUUUUACCAGACCUUUUUAAAGGCCAAGCCUAAAGCUCUCGGCAUUGUUAUUAUUGUGGCCGGCCUCGUGCAGGUUGCUUUGGGGAUCGGUUUAUUUUUUACUACGUUUUCCAUUUCUUUGCCCAGCGGAAUCCCCUUUUGGGGACCUAUUAUUUAUGUCAUUGCUGGAUCACUGACAAUCGCAGCCAAAGCCAAACCUAACAUUUGUCUGGUGAAAGGUUCCUUGGCUUUGAACAUCAUUACAUCAAUAUUCACAUUGAUUGGAAUAAUCCUGACUCUUGUGGACUUUCACAUCGUCUGGUGUUUUAACCAUUUAUCGUGCCACAGAAGAAUUGUUGGUGGAUAUUUUAUUCACUCCAUCCUUCUGCUGACAAACCUGCUGCUGUUUUGUACAUCUAUAGCUGUCUCUGUAUUUGGAUGCCGUUCUCUGAGUCAUGCAUCAUCCAUAGUCCCUCAGGUAUUUGUGAUCCAGAAUGACGUGGUGAUUUCAAUGCCCCCUUCAGUAUAUGCAGCUAUGGCACCAGCAUUUCCUCAACCACCAUCAGCACCACCUCCUCCACCACCUUAUAUGGUCCAGGAAGACAAAGCCAGACCAGAAGACUUAGAAAGCUGGUGAAAAAUAUAGCCUAGAGCAAACAGUGGAUACAAACUGAACCUAUGAUAUACCUGCAAUAAGUGUAAUGUGAAAAAUAACAAAAUUUGGACCCAGUUAGUUUUGGGUGGGGGGUUAGACAAUCUUUAAUUUGUGUAAUGUGUACCAUACAGGACAACUACUGUUUAAAAUGACACUAAACUAUAUAGACUUUUAGAUAUCAGUGCUUCUAUAAUAUAGUCAUGGGGCUGCUAUGGUACUUUAAAGUUUUGCUGAUAGUCUGCUAAUGUGCCUAAUGGAGCAUACUGUACAGAAUAACUUUUGUUUCAAAAUGCUUUAGCAUUAAUAUAAGCCCGGGUCUUAUAUUAAUUUUGGCAACAAAAGACACAGUAGGGCUUAUUUUCAGGGUAGGUCUUACAAUGUA